AUGGCAACGACAACAACAGAGACGAAGAUGCUCACAUUGUGCACGUCCGACAAGCAACAAUUCCAGAUCGAAGAGACGAUCGCUCUCCAGGCCGUGACGAUCAGGAACAUGGUCGAAGACGAAUGCGCUUCCAACGUGAUUCCCUUGCCCAACGUCAACAGCAAAAUUAUGAUUCAAAUCAUAGAAUAUCUCAAGAAGCACGUAGACUCAUCGGUUUCGAAGGAAGAUAUGGAGAAAUUCGAUUCUGCUUUUGUCGAAAAGAAACUGUCGGAGAUUUUUGAUAUAAUCUUGGCUGCCAAUUAUUUGAACAUCAAGAAUUUGCUGGAUAUUUGCUGUCAGAGAGUUGCUGAUGUGAUGAAGAAUAAGUCGCCGGAGUGGGUUCGCCGGACAUUCAACAUUGUGAAUGAUUUCACCGCCGAGGAAGAGGCGAAAAUCCGCAAGGAACACGAAUGGGCGUUCGAAGGAGUAGACGAAGAUUAAUUUUCCUGCUUUAUUGAAAAAAAUAGGUCAUUGUUUUGUAAGGGUCCUUUGCUUUGAAAUUUUAUGAAUUGGUUCUGAAACCAUAAAUUUUGGGAAAUUAGGUCAUCAUAAAGUGCUGCUGCUUGCUUAUUAAUGGAACUGGUAUCGUGGUAUCCCACGUAGGCGUAUGAAUUUCAUCCACUGAGUUCUCAUCCAUAGGAUUUUGGGGUACACCAGUAAGCUUAUGGACAGCCUUCACUUGUGAUUGAUACAUCAAGUUCUUUUUUUU